UUGGAUUUUUGAUAUUCGUUUUAUGGGCGGCCGUCAAUGACAUCUGAAACUCGAGUCUAAUUGCUAUGUGAAGGAUGCUGAAUGAUACUAAAUGUGUCAUAGUUCCUAAAUGACUUUUGGUCGUUAAGGCCUGUUUAUCAGAUGCGCAAAGACGUGCAUGUCUGCAGUAAAGAGAUUAGCCUAUUGCUGAGAAGCAUCGGGUUAGGCAACUUUGUUGUCCCUCCAUUUCCCUCUUUCGCUCGCCCUUUCUUUAUUUCUUUCUCUCUCACUCACUUACACUCUCUCACACACACGCUACAACACCCCACAAUCUCAGUCCGUCUCUCUUUUCUCUCUGAAAGGGGAGGACCACCUAAUAGAGGCGUCCUUUCUUCUGCUGGAGCAGGUCCAUAGCAUAAGGGGGAGUGUCAUUAAUAACAAAUUAGAGAGGGGUCAGACUAGCCACUUAUAAAGAGGACUCUCACUGCAGGAGGACGGAACAGUUUCCAUCCAGCGGUCUCACAGGAAGGAAUAUCCACUUUGCAUUUAAAGGCUUUCAUAUCUGAACUCGGUGUACUAUAGUUUGCGAGAUGGGCUCGGUAUUACCAGCAGAGGCUUUACCACUUAAGUCUGGAUUUAAAUGUCAGAGUCGGUCUUUGUCUGAUAUUAUUACCUCCGACAUUCUUCACAGUUUCCUGUACGGACGUUGGAGAAAUGUGAUCGGGGAGCAUCUGAUGGAGGAGAGGCAGAACAGCAUCAGUCCCAAAACGGCAUUCACUGCUGAGGUCCUCGCCCAGUCCUUCGCUGGAGAGGUCCAGAAACUGUCCAGCUUGGUGCUUCCCAGCGAAGUGAUCAUUGCCCAGAGCUCUAUCCCUGGUGAGGGCCUGGGAAUUUUCUCCAAGACCUGGAUCAAGGCAGGCACAGAGAUGGGUCCAUUCACGGGAAGCGUCAUCUCCCCUGAACAUGUGGACCUACUUAAAAACAAUAAUCUCAUGUGGGAGGUGUUCAAUGAGGACAGUACGGUGCGCUACUUCAUCGAUGCCAGCCAGGAGGACCAUCGCAGCUGGAUGACCUACAUCAAAUGCGCCCGCAACGAGCAGGAGCAGAACCUGGAGGUGGUGCAGAUAGGCAGCAGCAUAUUUUACAGAGCUUUGGAGACCAUCCCUCCAGAUCAGGAGCUGCUGGUAUGGUACGGAAACUCCCACAACACCUUCCUUGGUAUUCCUGGCGUUCCCAGUACCGAGGACGAACAUCCGAAAAAGGCGCGGAAUGACGACUCGCACUCAUCUGACGGCUCUUCAUCUUGCUCCCCCUCCUCCUCCUGUUCUUCCUCUACCUCCUCGUCAUCCACCACCAGCCGCAUGCGCUGCGUCAUCUGCCACCGGGGCUUCAACUCUCGCAGCAACCUUCGCUCACACAUGCGCAUCCACACCCUGGACAAGCCCUUUGUCUGUCGCUUCUGCAACAGGCGCUUCAGCCAGUCGUCCACCCUGCGCAAUCAUGUGCGACUGCAUACCGGAGAGCGCCCCUACAAGUGCCACGUCUGCCAGAGCGCCUACUCCCAACUGGCGGGGCUCCGGGCACACCAGAAGAGUGCCAGGCACAGGCCAGGGGCCACGGACACAGACACUGCCUCCCAAGUCUCAUCGCCCAACCAGAUCAGCAGCCUGUCCCAGCACCAGAGGCCAAUAGUUCACCACAUCCCCACCAUGGUGCUAUGAUAGCAGAGAGGAGACAGGCACUGGCUAAUGCAACCAACUCUGCACUUUACGCCUGCACACCUGGGUCAUAUGUGGCUCUCACUUCCCUUUCUCCCGUUGUCAGAGAGGACGGGCAGCUGUUGUUGGCUGGUGUGGCAGGUAUAGACGUUGUGUUGGGCCAGAUUGUCUGGCUGGAUGUAUGUAGGGCUGAACUGACGGUCGUUCUCACACGUUUAACUGAUUUAUUAUAUAGAAAUAUAUAUAUUUUUUUACAUGUGGUCCGCUUAGACAUGUUUUGUUUGAAAUUCUCUUAAACAGGUCUAGUAGUGUCAUCAACGGUUCUGUUACCACCUUUACAAAGAAGCUAAACUAAGAUGGAUGGAAUGUGGUUUUCAAAAUAUAUAUUUAUUUUUUUUUGUUUGUUUUUUCAUAGAUUAACUCCCCAUAUCUCUUAGAUCUUAUAUGCAGCAGAUCAAAUGAAAUAGUUUACUAGCUCUACUAGGAAUACUACUGGUCAAAUAAGUAGUCUCUAUUCCAGAUUUUCUGUUGUUGUUGACCAUAAGUCUUAGUUGAGUGGUUCCGUUUGUUUAUUUCUCAUCACUCUUCACUCUUUCACCGUAGUCAUACCAACUCAGGGUGAAGGUUUUUUAAAUAGUAAGGUUACAAAGAAAAAUUCUAAUGAAAUGUACAAUAUUGAAAAAUGCAGAGCAGCCAUGUACAUUCCUUUCAGCCCUACCAAUUUUACACUGUGAAAUAGUCACUUUAUCACUGUACAGUAUAUUAAUGUAUAGCAUUGUGUAACUCAGAACUGUAUGUGAAUGUAAAUAUGUGCGCUCUCCAUACAUUUUGAAUAAAUAAUGAUAUUGA